AUGCAGGCCGGCCAAGGCAGCGCCGCAGUGCUGCUGACGCCCACCCGCCAGCUGCGCAAGGGCACGCCCGAUGGCCAGUACGACAGCGAUAGCUCAGAGGGCGGCGACAGCGGCUCCUGCAGCAUUGUGGCGUCUGUGGGCAGCUUUUCGUGGGAGCUGUUGCCAGCCAGCCAGACGCUCAAGGUGGGUGAGCUGACUUUCGUCUUCAGCACGGAUCAGCAAGACUCGUUCCUCUUGGUGACCCUGGCGAUGAACACGGAUGCUGAGGCUGUGGGGAUGCUGGAGGCCAUCCUCGAGAGCUGUACCACCUUCAGGCACGGCUACUUUGCGGGGGAGGUCGCUCUCGCCGAGCACGCCUACAAGAGCAGCCUCGCGCAAGGCGUGGAAGGCAUGAGCAAGAGGCUCGCAACCGGCCUGCUGGCCUCGGCUGCCUAUGCUGCCAAUAGCAUCACCAAGAGCGCUGCCAAGCUGACACCUGCGGAGCCCACCGCCACACCAGUGGCUGUCUCCCCCAAGCUGAAGAAGAGGCUGCGCCAGACGGAGCGGAUGGCAGGCUUCACAGCCAAGGCGGUGCAUGGAGCCGUCAGUGGCCUGGCGUGGAUGGGUGCCAAAGUCGCUGGUGGCGGCACGCUGCGCGAGAUGGCGCAAGCCUCGGUACUUGGCUUCGGCGAAGUAUGGGAUGCGAUGGAGAGCGCGGGCAAGGUAGUCUUGCUGUCAAGUCGCGACGGUGUUUCUGACGUUUUGCGUUUCAGGUAUGGUGACGAUGCUGCGGAAGCGAGCGUGAGCAGCAUGAAUGCGGCGGGCCACUCAGCAGAUGCGCUCUAUGCAGUGCGCAAGAUUGGCGUGAAAACAGUGGCCAAGGCAGCAGCCAAGACGACAGCCAAAGGCGUUCUACACCAGUGGGCUGGCCUGGAGGGCGGGCAGGUCAAGACCAGCAGCACUCCCGCCCCGCUGCCUGCCACGCCCACCGCCCCUGGGCCGUAA